AAGGGAUGAACCCACUACUCAAGGGACUCUUCACACACGGUGACAUCGCGUACCGGAAAGGAUCAACGAAAAUCUGGGUACCCAAUUACCCUCAUUUGCGCCAAUUACUACUCGAAGAAUACCACGACGUCCUCUACGCCGGACACUUCGGUAGCAACAAGACGCUGACCGGUAUCGCAAAGCACUACUACUGGCCCCACUUAGCAGAAGAUGUCCUGAAAUUCGUCACCUCGUAUGAUACAUGUCAGCGGAUGAAGAGCAGCAAGCAGAAAAGGCGGGACUACUGCAGCCUCUUCCUGUCCCAGAACAACCCUGGCAAGUGGUUAGCCUGGACUUCAUCACCGGGUUACCACCUACCUCCAGCGGUCAUGACGCCAUCCUUGUCGUCAUUGACAAGUUCUCCAAAAUGGGACACUUCAUCCCGACACACACGACGACACGCACGGAAGAAACAACACAACUCUUCGUUCGAUACAUCAUCUCACAGCAUGGCAUUCCAACCACACUCAUCUUCCGACCGAGACCCUAAGUUCACCAGCAAGUUCUGGAAGGAACUUAUGUCUCUCCUCGGGACCAAACUCGCCAUGUCAUCUGCUUACCAUCCACAGACGACGGACAGACGAGCGCCUCAACCAAAUUGUUGAGCAACUCCUCCGAGCAGCCUGCAAGGACG